UUUCAUUGCUCUCUCUCCUUCCCGCAGACAACCCGGACCUCCUCUGGGCGCCAGCUCCUCGGCUCCAACCCGUCCAGAAUCAAGCGGGAUUUUUUUUUUCUUUCCCUCUAGAAAUUGGCUUUGGUGUGUCGCCCGCCCUCUCCCCUCCUCCUCGCAACUCCUCCCCUCUUUUUUUUCCUCCUUCUUCUUCUUCCUGAGACAUGGCCCGGGCAGUGGCUCCUGGAAGAGGAACAAGUGUGGGAAAAGGGAGAGGAAAUCGGAGCUAAAUGACAGGAUGCAGGCGACUUGAGACACAAAAAGAAAAGCGCUUCUCGCGAAUUCAGGCAUUGCCUCGCCGCUAGCCUUCCCCGCCAAGACCCGCUGAGGAUUUUCUGGUUCUUAGGCGGACUUAAGAGCGUUUCGGAUUGUUAAGAUUAUCGUUUGCUGGUUUUUCGUCCGCGCAAUCGUGUUCUCCUGCGGCUGCCUGGGGACUGGCUUGGCGAAGGAGGAUGGAGAGGGGGCUGCCGUUGCUGUGCGCCACGCUCGCCCUUGCCCUCGCCCUGGCGGGCGCUUUCCGCAGCGACAAAUGUGGCGGGACCAUAAAAAUCGAAAACCCAGGGUACCUCACAUCUCCCGGUUACCCUCAUUCUUACCAUCCAAGUGAGAAGUGUGAAUGGCUAAUCCAAGCUCCGGAACCCUACCAGAGAAUCAUGAUCAACUUCAACCCACAUUUCGAUUUGGAGGACAGAGACUGCAAGUAUGACUACGUGGAAGUAAUCGAUGGGGAGAAUGAAGGCGGCCGCCUGUGGGGGAAGUUCUGUGGGAAGAUUGCACCUUCUCCUGUGGUGUCUUCAGGGCCCUUUCUCUUCAUCAAAUUUGUCUCUGACUAUGAGACACAUGGGGCAGGGUUUUCCAUCCGCUAUGAAAUCUUCAAGAGAGGGCCCGAAUGUUCUCAGAACUAUACAGCACCUACUGGAGUGAUAAAGUCCCCUGGGUUCCCUGAAAAAUACCCCAACAGCUUGGAGUGCACCUACAUCAUCUUUGCACCAAAGAUGUCUGAGAUAAUCCUGGAGUUUGAAAGUUUUGACCUGGAGCAAGACUCGAAUCCUCCCGGAGGAAUGUUCUGUCGCUAUGACCGGCUGGAGAUCUGGGAUGGAUUCCCUGAAGUUGGCCCUCACAUUGGGCGUUAUUGUGGGCAGAAAACUCCUGGCCGGAUCCGCUCCUCUUCAGGCGUUCUAUCCAUGGUCUUUUACACUGACAGCGCAAUAGCAAAAGAAGGUUUCUCAGCCAACUACAGUGUGCUACAGAGCAGCAUCUCUGAAGAUUUUAAGUGUAUGGAGGCUCUGGGCAUGGAAUCUGGAGAGAUCCAUUCUGAUCAGAUCACUGCAUCUUCACAGUAUGGUACCAACUGGUCUGUAGAGCGCUCCCGCCUGAACUACCCUGAAAAUGGGUGGACUCCAGGAGAAGACUCCUACAAGGAGUGGAUCCAGGUGGACUUGGGCCUCCUGCGAUUCGUUACUGCUGUAGGGACACAGGGUGCCAUUUCCAAGGAAACCAAGAAGAAAUAUUAUGUCAAGACUUACAGAGUAGACAUCAGCUCCAACGGAGAGGACUGGAUCUCCCUGAAAGAGGGAAAUAAAGCCAUUAUCUUUCAGGGAAACACCAACCCCACAGAUGUUGUCUUAGGAGUUUUCUCCAAACCACUGAUAACUCGAUUUGUCCGAAUCAAACCUGUAUCCUGGGAAACUGGUAUAUCUAUGAGAUUUGAAGUUUAUGGCUGCAAGAUAACAGAUUAUCCUUGCUCUGGAAUGUUGGGCAUGGUGUCUGGACUUAUUUCAGACUCCCAGAUUACAGCAUCCAAUCAAGCCGACAGGAAUUGGAUGCCAGAAAACAUCCGUCUGGUGACCAGUCGUACCGGCUGGGCACUGCCACCCUCACCCCACCCAUACACCAAUGAAUGGCUCCAAGUGGACCUGGGAGAUGAGAAGAUAGUAAGAGGUGUCAUCAUUCAGGGUGGGAAGCACCGAGAAAACAAGGUGUUCAUGAGGAAGUUCAAGAUCGCCUAUAGUAACAAUGGCUCUGACUGGAAAACUAUCAUGGAUGACAGCAAGCGCAAGGCUAAGUCGUUCGAAGGCAACAACAACUAUGACACACCUGAGCUUCGGACGUUUUCACCUCUCUCCACAAGGUUCAUCAGGAUCUACCCUGAGAGAGCCACACACAGUGGGCUUGGGCUGAGGAUGGAGCUACUGGGCUGUGAAGUGGAAGCACCUACAGCUGGACCAACCACACCCAAUGGGAACCCAGUGGAUGAGUGUGACGACGACCAGGCCAACUGCCACAGUGGCACAGGUGAUGACUUCCAGCUCACAGGAGGCACCACUGUCCUGGCCACAGAGAAGCCAACCAUUAUAGACAGCACCAUCCAAUCAGAGUUCCCGACAUACGGUUUUAACUGCGAGUUUGGCUGGGGCUCUCACAAGACAUUCUGCCACUGGGAGCAUGACAGCCAUGCACAGCUCAGGUGGAGUGUGCUGACCAGCAAGACAGGGCCGAUUCAGGACCAUACAGGAGAUGGCAACUUCAUCUAUUCCCAAGCUGAUGAAAAUCAGAAAGGCAAAGUAGCCCGCCUGGUGAGCCCUGUGGUCUAUUCCCAGAGCUCUGCCCACUGUAUGACCUUCUGGUAUCACAUGUCCGGCUCUCAUGUGGGUACACUGAGGGUCAAACUACGCUACCAGAAGCCAGAGGAAUAUGAUCAACUGGUCUGGAUGGUGGUUGGGCACCAAGGAGACCACUGGAAAGAAGGACGUGUCUUGCUGCACAAAUCUCUGAAACUAUAUCAGGUUAUUUUUGAAGGUGAAAUCGGAAAAGGAAACCUUGGUGGAAUUGCUGUGGAUGAUAUCAGUAUUAACAACCAUAUUUCUCAGGAAGACUGUGCAAAACCAACAGACCUAGAUAAAAAGAACACAGAAAUUAAAAUUGAUGAAACAGGGAGCACUCCAGGAUAUGAAGGAGAAGGGGAAGGUGACAAGAACAUCUCCAGGAAGCCAGGCAAUGUGCUUAAGACCCUGGAUCCCAUCCUGAUCACCAUCAUAGCCAUGAGUGCCCUGGGAGUACUCCUGGGUGCAGUCUGUGGAGUUGUGCUGUACUGUGCCUGUUGGCACAAUGGGAUGUCAGAAAGGAACCUAUCUGCCCUGGAGAACUAUAACUUUGAACUUGUGGAUGGUGUAAAGUUGAAAAAAGAUAAACUGAACCCACAGAGUAAUUACUCAGAGGCGUGAAGGCACGGAGCUGGAGGGAACAAGGGAGGAGCACGGCAGGAGAACAGGUGGAGGCAUGGGGACUCUGUUACUCUGCUUUCACUGUAAGCUGGGAAGGGCGGGGACUCUGUUACUCCGCUUUCACUGUAAGCUCGGAAGGGCAUCCACGAUGCCAUGCCAGGCUUUUCUCAGGAGCUUCAAUGAGCGUCACCUACAGACACAAGCAGGUGACUGCGGUAACAACAGGAAUCAUGUACAAGCCUGCUUUCUUCUCUUGGUUUCAUUUGGGUAAUCAGAAGCCAUUUGAGACCAAGUGUGACUGACUUCAUGGUUCAUCCUACUAGCCCCCUUUUUUCCUCUCUUUCUCCUUACCCUGUGGUGGAUUCUUCUCGGAAACUGCAAAAUCCAAGAUGCUGGCACUAGGCGUUAUUCAGUGGGCCCUUUUGAUGGACAUGUGACCUGUAGCCCAGUGCCCAGAGCAUAUUAUCAUAACCACAUUUCAGGGGACACCAACGUCCAUCCACCUUUGCAUCGCUACCUGCAGCGAGCACAGGAAAAAGAAACGAAAAGAAAAGAAAAAAGAAAAAAGAAAAGAAAAGAAAAGAAAAGAAAAGAAAAGAAAAGAAAAGAAAAGGAAAGGAUAAAGAAAAAGAAUUAGACUAUUUUGUUUGCAAAGUACUGUGGCCUCAGUACCCAUAUAGCUGUCAGCUCUGUUUACCAAGCAAUACCGACAGAUUUUCUUGAUGUUUUCCAGUGUUGUACUGAAUCUCGUGUUUGUGACCUCCAUUCAGAAUACCAUACCCUGCAGCCACCAAACUGCUAGCACCCGGGUGUCCCGCUGAUGACCACCACAAAAGUCUUCGGCACUGGCUAGUCUUCGUCCUCUCAAGUGCCUUUUUGUUUGUACUGGUCCCUUGUGUCCCGUGGAUGACCCACUCUGUUUCUGGUGAAAACCCUUCUCUUCAAUCAGACCUGGUGGCCCACUGACUAAGAAGAAAGUAUAUUUUAGUGUGCUAUGCCAACCCCGGGAAGGCAAGGGCUCUGAAGACCUGGCAAUGUGGCUUAAUCAAUCUGCUUUUUUCUGAAGUUCAAUGUCAAUGUCUCUUGACCCUUUGUAUAAAGCUGCAAUGUUCUCUCUCGUUGUUCUUACCUAUAGGAUGUAUUUUCAGAUAUAAACUCUUGGUUCUUUCCUUCCUUCCUCUCUUUUUUUCCUCUGGAAAUCGAAGCAUUUGCCACUGUCCAGGAUGAACCUUGCAGCUUUAACCUGCUGGCAAUGGCGAACAAUUUUACUAGACUUUAUGUUUUAAGAUAAUUAAGUAAGGGGAACUCCUAACUUUGUCCUCCAGAGUCUAACUUUGGGUUUCUUGUUAACUGGUUAAAGUGACAGUAUCUUUUUUCCUUAAGCCAUGUGUUCAUACUUUCUGAUUAGAUUGCGGUUUGAUAUGAAUGUUUGCAUCUAAAAUCAUAAGUUGAAAGAAAAAGAAUACCAACUGACUUUCAGACGAGACCCACAGGAAGCAACAAGAAUAAAAUCCCCAAGUCUAAAAGGACGUGGAAACUUUACAUCCAAAUAUGCAAAAUGAGCCCUGAAAACCUUCUUGUUUUGUUACUGGGUCAGAGGAGAAUAGUGAAAAGAAUAGCUCACUUAAGGAAUAAACAAUAAUCCUGAUGCCUGAGGCAAAACUAGUUUAAGACCAAUCAGAAGGGGUAUAUAAAAUCAAAACAAAUGUUUAGAACAAUCCAUUCAGCAGAAACCCUGAAAAGAUAAAUUUUAAUGAAUGCUUCUAGAAACUUCCAAUGACUCAUAAAGAAAAAAAAAAAAAAAGCCUACCUUAGGACUGGCAAGACGUCCACCUCAACAGCACAAAGAGGUAAAUAUUUUAACCCAAAGCAGCUUCCGGCUGGUAGAUUUUUGUCUUGAUGGGCUGUCCAUAAGAACUCCCAGUUCUUUCCCUUCCUUGUGUGGCUGUAGGUCUCUCUCAGUUAUGUUUCUUAGAGAUCACAUCUGCUUCCUGGACAAAUGUUUUUUGUUCACCCUGGUUUAAUGGGAUUGAGAAUGUCUUUUUUCCAGGAAAGUAUUGAUCACUAAAAUAAAGAAUAUGUUUUUAUUCCCAGAGGCAUCAAUUCACUUGUUAUAAUCAUACUGGGGGGAAAGCAUUAAGUAAGACUUUGUUUGUAAGACAACAAACUUGACCAGUGUCCUCAGCCAAGGAAAAAUGAUACUGCAACUUUAAAUUUUAAAGUACCUUGCACUGAUAAAUAUAUUUAAAAGUUAUAUGUUUAUAAAGUUAUUAAUUUGUAAAGGCAGUGUUACAAAAUGUUCAGUUUAUAUUGUUUUAGAUUGUUUCGUAAUUUUUAAAGGUGUAAAAUAACAUAUUUUUUCUUUAUUGAAAUCUAUAAGACUUUCCGUAGUAAGAUGUCUCAUUUUCUGGUAUAUUAUUGCUUCAUGUUUUGUACCCUCAUAAAAUUUUGUGCAAAUUUUUUUUACAGAAAUUUUUAUUUUCUAUGAUGAUAUGUAUGACACUUGUAAAUUGUUUCAAAAUGAACAGCGAAGCCUUAACUUGAAAUGACAUUUGUAUUCUCUGAGUAGCAUAAAAACCACCUAGAAUGAACUGUAACUUAAUCUCGAAACUACACAUUCCAAAGAAGCAGUUGAAUUAAACGUUUUCAUAAAAAUCCCAAA